AUGGCAUAUCGCGCUCUAGAACUACUGAAUCUCCCACCAGACACCACAUGCUACAUACUCGAUAUUGGUUGCGGAUCGGGACUAAGUGGUGAAAUAAUUGAGGAGGAAGGUCAUGUGUGGGUUGGCAUGGAUAUAGCCCCCUCGAUGCUAAUAGAAGUGGCACUAGAAUGUGAAGUGGAAGGUGACUUGUUCUUACAGGAUGUUGGACAAGGAAUGGCUUUUCGGCCCGGUACUUUUGAUGGGGCUAUUAGCAUCUCAGUCCUCCAAUGGCUAUGCAACGCCGACCACUCAUCACACAACCCAAAAUCACGUCUCACACGAUUCUUCUCCACACUAUACUCGUCACUACGACGUGGUGCACGAGCAAUCUUUCAGUUCUACCCAGAGAACGACGCGCAAUGUGAAUUGAUUAUGAAUGCGGCGAUGCGUUGUGGAUUCGAGGGAGGUCUGUUGAUCGAUUAUCCAAAUAGUAAGAAAGCGAAAAAGUAUUACUUGUGUUUGUUUGCAGGGAGUCAGGUGGGGAAAGUGGAAAUGCCGAAAGCGUUGGGUGAAGAUGGAGAGAUGGAAGAAGAUGAUGGUGAACCGAAUCAAAUCGUCGAACAAACAGUUCAAAACAACGACGAAAAUCCGUCAAAGACAAAGAGUGGGUAA